AAUCAUAAUCAAGCAGGCCUAUGAGCCUUACCAUUUAAAGUGGCUCCUCUCUUCCACUCUGGGAAUGAGGACACGGGGCCAGCUGCUGAACUUCACCAGGAUAACCAUUAAAAUCUCUUCGGAGUUCAUAGUGCCACGAUCUCAUGCCUAUGGAUGCCAAGGACUUGACAUGGAUACGCUUUGGAUUUCAUAAUGCGGAGUCAUUAUUACGUCCUUGAGGUCUCAGCUUAGUUGUAAGCAGCAUUUUUUUCUUCCCUUCUCAGUGCCCAACCCAAGUUCAAAGGCUGAUGAGAGAGAAAAACUCAUGAAGAGAUUUUACUCUAGGGAAAGUUGCUCAGUGGAUGGGAUCUUGGCGCACGGGGAAAGAUGUCAAGCUCCUGCUGGCUCCUUCUCAGCCUUGUUGCUGUUGCUACUGCUCAGUCCCUCAUCGAGGAAAAGGCCGAGAGCUUUUUAAACAAGUUUAACCAGGAAGCUGAAGACCUGUCUUAUCAAAGUUCACUUGCUUCUUGGAAUUACAACACCAACAUUACGGAGGAGAAUGCCCAAAAGAUGAACGAGGCUGCGGCCAAAUGGUCUGCCUUUUAUGAAGAACAGUCCAAGAUCGCCCAAAAUUUCUCACUACAAGAAAUUCAGAAUGCGACCAUCAAGCGUCAACUGAAGGCCCUUCAGCAGAGCGGGUCUUCAGCGCUGUCACCAGACAAGAACAAACAGUUGAACACAAUUCUAAACACCAUGAGCACCAUUUACAGUACUGGAAAAGUUUGCAACUCAAUGAAUCCACAAGAAUGUUUUUUACUUGAACCAGGAUUGGACGAAAUAAUGGCAACAAGCACAGACUACAAUCGUAGGCUCUGGGCUUGGGAGGGCUGGAGGGCUGAGGUCGGCAAGCAGCUGAGGCCGUUAUAUGAAGAGUAUGUGGUCCUGAAAAAUGAGAUGGCAAGAGCAAACAAUUAUGAAGACUAUGGGGAUUAUUGGCGAGGGGAUUAUGAAGCAGAGGGAGUAGAAGGUUACAACUACAACCGAAACCAGUUGAUCGAAGACGUAGAAAAUACCUUCAAAGAGAUCAAACCGUUGUAUGAGCAACUUCAUGCCUAUGUGAGAACGAAGUUGAUGGAAGUGUACCCUUCUUACAUCAGCCCUACUGGAUGCCUCCCUGCUCAUUUGCUUGGUGAUAUGUGGGGUAGGUUUUGGACAAAUCUGUACCCUUUGACUACUCCCUUUCUUCAGAAACCAAACAUAGAUGUUACUGAUGCAAUGGUGAAUCAGAGCUGGGAUGCAGAAAGAAUAUUUAAAGAGGCAGAGAAGUUCUUCGUUUCUGUUGGCCUUCCUCAAAUGACUCCGGGAUUCUGGACAAACUCCAUGCUGACUGAGCCAGGAGAUGACCGGAAAGUUGUCUGCCACCCCACAGCUUGGGAUCUGGGACAUGGAGACUUCAGAAUCAAGAUGUGCACAAAGGUCACAAUGGACAACUUCUUGACAGCCCAUCAUGAGAUGGGACACAUCCAAUAUGACAUGGCAUAUGCCAAGCAACCUUUCCUGCUAAGAAACGGAGCCAAUGAAGGGUUCCAUGAAGCCGUUGGAGAAAUCAUGUCACUUUCUGCAGCUACCCCCAAACAUUUGAAAUCUAUUGGUCUUCUGCCAUCCAAUUUUCAAGAAGACAAUGAAACAGAAAUAAACUUCCUACUCAAACAGGCAUUGACAAUUGUUGGAACGCUGCCAUUUACUUACAUGUUAGAGAAGUGGAGGUGGAUGGUCUUUCAGGAUAAAAUUCCCAGAGAACAGUGGACCAAAAAGUGGUGGGAGAUGAAGCGGGAGAUCGUUGGUGUGGUGGAGCCUCUGCCUCAUGAUGAAACAUACUGUGACCCUGCAUCUCUGUUCCAUGUCUCUAAUGAUUACUCAUUCAUUCGAUAUUACACAAGGACCAUUUAUCAAUUCCAGUUUCAAGAAGCUCUUUGUCAAGCAGCUAAACAUGAUGGCCCACUACACAAAUGUGACAUCUCAAAUUCCACUGAAGCUGGGCAGAAGUUGCUCAAUAUGCUGAGUCUUGGAAACUCAGGGCCCUGGACCCUAGCCUUGGAAAAUGUGGUAGGAUCAAGGAAUAUGGAUGUAAAACCACUGCUCAAUUACUUCCAACCAUUGUUUGUCUGGCUGAAAGAGCAGAACAGGAAUUCGACUGUGGGGUGGAGCACUGACUGGAGCCCAUAUGCCGACCAAAGCAUUAAAGUGAGGAUAAGCCUAAAAUCAGCUCUUGGGAAAAAUGCGUAUGAAUGGACCGACAACGAAAUGUACCUAUUCCGAUCAUCUGUUGCCUAUGCCAUGAGAGAGUAUUUUUCAAGGGAAAAGAACCAGACAGUUCCUUUUGGGGAGGCAGACGUAUGGGUGAGUGAUUUGAAACCAAGAGUCUCCUUCAACUUCUUUGUCACUUCACCCAAAAAUGUGUCUGACAUCAUUCCCAGAAGUGAAGUUGAAGAGGCCAUCAGGAUGUCUCGGGGCCGUAUCAAUGAUAUUUUUGGUCUGAAUGAUAACAGCCUGGAGUUUCUGGGGAUCUACCCAACACUUAAGCCACCUUACGAGCCUCCUGUCACCAUAUGGCUGAUUAUUUUUGGUGUCGUGAUGGGAACGGUAGUGGUUGGCAUUGUUAUCCUGAUCGUCACUGGGAUCAAAGGUCGAAAGAAGAAAAAUGAAACAAAAAGAGAAGAGAAUCCUUAUGACUCCAUGGACAUUGGCAAAGGAGAAAGUAACGCAGGAUUCCAAAACAGUGAUGAUGCUCAAACUUCAUUCUAGAAAAGCACUCGUCAUUUUACUGUAUGCAAAUGCUAACUUCAUAGUACCCAAAAUAUGAGAUUAUAUCCAUGUCCUUAGCCAUCAAAACUAUGAUCUGUUCAGUAAAGUUGUCCAAAGAGCAUCAGACUUGAGUGGACAUCUUCACUGACAUUGCUUUCAGUAUUUAUUUCUACCUUAGGACUUGACAUCUCUUCUGUUUAUUAAUAGGGAUGUUUAUCUUAGAGUAAAAGAGGGAAAUGUGCCUUUGGCCUCACAGUCCGUCCAGGGAGAUACUGUCAGGCAACUGGAUUUAGAAGAUGAAAUGAUGUAUCUUGGGAGGAGGUGUUGGCAUCUGGCGUGUGAACUGGUGGGACUGCUGAGGUUGAGAAUGGUGCUCGCUGUUCACUUGACUCCAAGUGUGACAUCACGCUCUGUGGCUUCUGCAUUAAUUCACUUCAAAUACUGUAGGAAUCUGUAGACAGUUAUACUUGAAAUGGACUGUCCCUUCUUUGGAGGUACAGCUUCAAAGGAGAAAGAAGUCGGACAUCAGGUAGAUAACAUGACCUUUUUCUCUUUCAAACUGCUUGAACAACAUCUCUCUAACAGGACACAGCUAGCACAGGAAACUCCAUGAACCCAGAGCAUGCCUGACAGAAACUUGCUUCCAUUAUUCUCUCACUGUGGAGUAAGGGAAAAUUCCAGCUGAAUGCUCACCCUGUGAAAUGGGAGCCCAGUCUCUGAAAUUGUUUGUUUCUCUCACAGGGUCUGAGGCAAUGGUGAACACAAAGCAGACCUCAAUAAAUACUUAUUAGAUUUGUACUCUC